AUGAGGCUGAAAUCAGAGGAAGAGAAGGAGAAUGCGAGCUGCAGCUGGAUCCGCAGCAGCAACAGCAACAGCAGCAGCAGCAGCAGCAGCAGCAACAGCAAGGAUCUUGAAAGCCCCAAGCAAGCGGCAACGACGUCUGCCGCUGCAGCAAGCCUUAUCACGUGCGAAAGUAGCCAAGUGACAGCGGAAGCAGCAACAGCAGCAGCAGCAGCAGCAACAGCAGCAGCAGCAACAGCAACGGAAAUUGCAGCAGCAGGAUCAGCAGGAGGCAGCAGCCGCAGCAAGCGUGUCCGCUGCAUGCGAUCCGCAGCAGAAGCAACAGCAGCAGCACCUGCUGUUGUGGAUACACCUCAGAAGGUUAGACAUCUAAGCAGCAGCAGCACAAGCAGCCUUGACGCCUGCAGCAGCAGCAGCAGGAGGAGACGUAAGUGCACCCGCAGCAGCAGCAGCAUCACAAGCAACACCCAGGUGCGGCAGACGAGGCGCGCAGCAGCAGCAGCGACAGCAGCAGCAGCGGCUCCCCAAGCAGCAGCGCCGUCACCAGCACCAACGACACCUGCGUCAGAGGCAGCAGCACCAGCAGCGGAGGCAUCACCAGCUGCAGCAGCAGCAGCAGCAGCAGCAGCAGCAGCAGAACUUGCUCCUUCAUGCGAAGAUGUUUCAGCUGCUUCACAGCCACUGGGUGAAUCCGAAGAGCCAGAAGAAGCACAACCCGCGGACUCACCCAGCAGUAGCAGCAACAGCAGCAGCAACAGCAGCAGCAACAGCAGCAGCAACAGCAGCAGCAACGACAACGGCAGAAGCAACAGCGACCAACCAGAGGAAGAAGUAUCAUGCAGCAACAGCAGCAGCAGCAGCAGGGAAGACGUCAGCAUCGCCGCUGCAGCAGCAUGUGAUAGCGGCGCUGACGCAGCAGAAGCAAGCAGCAGCAGCAACGACAACAGCAGCAGCAGCACCAGUAGCAGCAGCCACGAAUGCAGCAGCACCAGCAGCAACACCAGCAGCAGCAGCAGCAGCAGCCAUGAGUGCAGCAGCAGCAGCACACGCACCACCUGUGCAUCCUCACAGCCUUGUGAUAUCUGCCCUUCUUGCUUCCCCCCAUUCGACUUCUCUCCGCCUCUGCUGCUGAAGCAGCAGGAGCGUUGCAGCAGGCGCAGCAGCAGCCACCAGCACCAGAACAGCAGCAGCAGCAGCAGAAGCAGCAGCAGUAGCAGCAGCAGCAGCACUAGCAACGGCCAGCAGCAGGAGUUGCAGCAGCAGCCUUUGUCUCCAUAUCCAUCUCCUUUGUUUCAGCGGCCCCGGCCUAGCUACAACUGCAGCGGGCGCAGCAGCAGCAGCAGCUUGUUUGCUGCUGGUUUUUCUCCUGCUGCACCUCAGCUGCCUCCUAUUGACCUUUGGCUUUCUCUCUCUCCUCGGGGCCCUUCGCUAGACCGCAGCAGCAGCCAGCUGUCUUGCUGCAGCAGCUUAUCUCUAGCAGUAGCGCGCCCCGUCUACCCCCAUCAGCAGCAGCAACAGCAGCAGCAGCAGCAGCAGCAGCACCAAGCGCAGCAGCAACACACGCAGCAGCAGCAGCACAUUCAGCAGCAGCAAAUGCAGCAGCAGCACAGAGCCAGUGAGGCACCCACGCAGGGCUGCUGCUGCGCGGACAGGGAACCCUCAGGCAGCAGCCACAGGCGCAAGCUGCUGCCUUGCAGCAGCAGUCUGCAGCACCAGCAGCAGCAGCAACAGCAGCAACUUCCGCAGUCUUCUCCCAUAGUUCGGAGGGCCAGGAGGCUCUCAGAUGAUACCUGUUAUAAAAGCAGCAGCAGCAGCAGCAGCAGCAGCGGUUGCUGCAGCUGCAGCAGCAGUUGCACCAGUUGCUGCUGCAGAGCUGCGGGAGCCGCGGGGCCCGAGCUUCUUGCUACAGCAGCGCAGCAGCAGCAGCAGCAGCAGCAGCAGCAGCAGGGCAGCUCAGCCGGCAUGAGAGGAGUGGGCAGCAGCAUCUAUAGCAACAGCAGCAAAAGCUGCAGCAGCAGCAACAACAAUAAUUGCAGCAGCAGCAGCAGCAGCCGCAGCAAGCAGCUCAGCAGGGAAACGCGUUUAAGGGGCCAAAAGACAGCAACGGCGUAA